AUGUCAGCGACGCAAAGCCAGCAGGCUCCUGGCGGCCCGUCAAACGCCCGCCGCAAAUUGAUCAUCGUCGCUGCGUUUGCCGCUAGCGUGUCGGCGAGCCCUCCGUCGCCACCCAGCGCACCUGCUUGCAACUUUGUUGCCGACGUGGUUCUCGUGUUGGAUAGCAGCGGCAGCAUCGACGAAUCUUCAAGUCGACCAGGGGUCGCAAAGUUCGCAACGGAUAUCAUAAACGACUUGGCGGUCGACGAGAAUUUCGUGCACGUCGGCAUUGUGGAGUUCGCUUCAAAUACAUACGUGUGCAGCAAUCUCACGUACGACGACAACACACUUGCAUCUGCCAUUAAUGAUACAUACAAGGCGAACAUCAAACCCGAUCCUGGGGACCGAGCAGCGAAAACAUUUAUUUCCAACGCGCUCCUCCUCGGAGAGCAGCUGCUGACUCGUACCGGCCGAACUGAAGCCACGAAGAUCAUGCUCCUCCUGACCGAUGGGGAGCAGACCUGCAGUCGCAACUACCCGGACACCGGAGAUAGCUGCCCGGCUGAUGGAGAGAGCUACAUCGAGAAUUGCUAUGUCGACUGGGACUUUGGCAACUCGACCCAUACACCGAGUGGGAGCCCUCUCGGCCCUUACAUAGGCGACUUGCCUAGGAUGUGCGGCUCGGAGGCGGAGAACACGAACAACUAUCAAUACAGAAAGCCAGAGGCGAUAUGGCAGGCGGAGCUGAUCAAGAACCGGAACCCGGAGCUCGUCCUCUUUGCAGUCGGCUUCGGAGCGGUGAGCCACGAAACGCUAGGCAACAUAGCAACGCCCGGCUACAGCUUCAAGGGCACCGACAUUCAAGCCGUCACCGCCGAGUUUCAGAAGAAUAGCUACUUCUC